AUGGCGGGCACCUUCACCCAGGCCCUGGCUUACUGCCGGCGCCUAUUCGAGAUGGAAGGGGCCUUCAGGCAUGAUAUGAUCCUCCUGGACAUAAGGGGCUUCCCCCAAGAGGAAGGCUGCAAGCCUAAGUUUGAGGAGAUGGCAAGUGUGAUCAGUGCUGUCAUGGACCAGGACUUCCCCGUGGGGAGUGGUGUCGAGAUCGCUGCAGAGCUGGGACACUUCGACGUGGAGUCUGUCUGCAUGGCUGCCGUGAACAUCAUUGCCAAGAAGGCUGUGCUGGAGUCGGGUGGCCACCAGAAGCUGGUGUACUACCUCAAUGAUGGUCACUACAGCAUCUUCCACAUCUUCUUCAGGGAGGCUGUCCCCAGGAUGCCCAUUGUGGUGAAGGAGUUCUGCUCAGAGCCGCCCCUCUUCCCCUGUACCCUCUACGGGGUCACGUGUGAUGCCUUUGAUGAACUCUUCCCAGGGGAGCUGCGGAUGGCUGAGCUGGAUGUGGGUGACGGGCUCGUCUUCCCCUCCACGGGCGCUUCCGCCUCCACCAUGAGCUCCACUUUCAACAGCCUCCUGCCCGCCGCCGUCUGCUGUGCCCUGGAAGCCUUGCUCAGGCCCCUGGUUGGGGAGGGCUGA